ACAUUCGCUUAAGGACAGGGGAUAGAGUUCCAAGCAGCACACCCUAGUUGAUCCAGUUAUGGACCAAGGCCAAGCAUCGUGGUGCUAUUGGCAGAAUCCCUAAGAGGGAGCUCUGCUACCAAGGAAACACCAGACACCUAGCAUUCGAACAGAUCCCUACCAAUUACCUUAACUCCCGUUACUCGCCUUACCCUUAACCACCAUUUUGCUACGCCAGGACAUGAAGCUUUCAAUCGCCUUUGGAUACUCUCUUGUCGCAGCCGCUCUUGGCAUGCCCUACCCCAGCAGCGGUCCAGAACCAACCUCGGCAACUACACAAACGCAUCGUCGGAGGAAGUACGGUGACACCCUGACACGUACAACUUUGCUGCUGCCAUUUUCCUCAUUUCAUCGAAAAAAUACUAUCCAUUGUGGUGGCAUCAUCCUCUCCGAUGAAUUCAUCCUCACUGCCGCCGCAUGCAUUUACGAUGAUAGCGACAACCCGCAUUCUCCUUCAUCCCUUAAUGUCGGUUACAGAGGCAGCAGUAUCGGCUCGCAGACAAUCGUGAAUGCGCUUAGCUUCAUUAAGCACUCCAAGCUUCGACAUGGCCGCUCUUGAGAACAAUGUCAGUCUCAUCAAGGUUUCCAAGAUGACGCUGGACAGUAGUAGUGCGGCUGACAGAUGGGAUGUACUCGGGGCCGGUUCAGUUCAGGUGAUUCGGCGACCGCGAUAGGCUGGGGCACAACCUAU